GUUUACUGCGAAACAUAUUUGUUAAUCAGUGCAAAAUUUAAAUUAACUCUUUGAUUUCUGAUUUGGGACAAUUCCAAAAUAUUUUUCUCGUGAAACCGCUCAUAAUAUGUAAUUAGACUACUAUUUUAACCCGUCAUAAUGUUUCUGACGCAGAAUGAUUUCCAUUAUACUUUUAUAUUCAUGCAAAUUUAAAAACGGUAAAAUUGAUGAUGGACCCUAUUAUCGACAGUGAAUGGCUUGAUAAUAAAAAUGAACAGGUUGAAGAACCCCAGAAUAUUGGUAAUGUUGCCUUGAGCUGGCAAUGGAGGGAGAGAGGCAUAGAUCCUCCUUACUCUCCAAGUAAUAAGACAGUUCUCGAAAAUGUUGCUGAGGAUGUUCUUGUGCAAAAAAAUCUUAAUAUUAGGUGCUGUGAUCUACCAGGAUACCCACGAUCCACAUUUCUCAUGGUAUUUAGCCCUGAUGGAACGAAAGUAGCAUCAACACAUGGAAAUCAUAAUGUGUACAUAUCUGAACUAGCAAGUGGUAAACAUGUAAGGAUAUUGAAGGGCCAUCCAAGGACACCAUGGUGUAUUGCUUUUCACCCUUCACACCCAGAACUUAUAGGCUCUGGUUGUUUGGGUGGCCAGGUCAGAGUGUGGGAUAUUGCGAGUGGUGGGAGUGAAGUUUGGAGUGCACAAAAAGAAACUGUGAUAGCAUCAAUUGCAUUCCAUCCCCGGGAACAACUAUUAGUUAUAGCUACCUACAAUGAACUAUACUUUUGGGACUGGAGUCAACAAGCACCAUUCGCUAAAGUUUCAACAAACAAUGUUAAUGAAAAAGUGAGGUAUGUUGCGUUUGACUCACUUGGACAUAAAUUAAUUACUGGAAUAUCAAUAUGGACGUCGCCUGGAGGCCAUACUUCAGUUUUACAAGGAAAUUUAAACUCUCCAAGCCCAACAAAUCUUAUUAGUUUUUUGAGGGGAGACGAUUUAGACGACACUCCAGAAAGGAACAGGAUGCCAGAAUCUCCAGCCUCAACAAGAGAUACUGACCGUGGCACUGAUCCAAUGGAGACAGACCCAUCUCCAGAGACGAGUUACACUCAUUCAGCAAGUGCAUCCUUGAUUCAAAGUGAUAAUGACACUCCUACACCAAAUACAUCACGAACCCAGGAUAAUCAAGAUAAUGACGAUCUUGAAAUUGAGAGUAAUAAUACACCACUGUUAAAUCUAGAUGUGCUAUCAUUCGAAAGUGGACCGUCCAGGGUUCCGAGUAGUGCUGCUACAAGUGUCUCAGAAGCACCGACUUUUGGUUCCGAAUCAUCCGCUUUUAUCCGCAGACAAUCCGAUGCUUUAGAACAAAUAUCUUCCCGUCUACGUCGCAGACGAUCCGAUACUUCAGAACAAAGUGAUGGAAUACCUUCCCGUCUACUUCCAAAUCCAUUUUCUUCAACAAAUAGUGGUCAACGGAUACACAGAUUUACUGUAUUUAAUAGGUCUGAUGAAGAAAGCGCCAUGGGAUCAUCUCGUACUAGUUUGUUCCCAUUUUUAAAUAGGUCGGAAUCUCCAGUCUUAGAUGUUUCAUCUGAUAGAAAUACGCGUAAUACUUACGCCAGUACACAGAGUGACCCUCCACCUACAAAUAGUAGCAACAGAUUAUUGGAUGUUCCAUCUCCACAAAACACUCCUUCAGCUUCUGUUUCCACUACUCCUGCAUCUACAUCUUCGUCCACACCGUCACAGCCCUCUACUCCCGGCGAUACUCAAUCAAUUAAUGAAAGUCUUGACUUGAUCCGUGAUAUUCUUAGAGACUCUGGAACGAGGUUGUUGAAUUUAAUUACAAAUAUGUCACUAUCGACAUUAGAUAGAGCUGAUAGGGAUGCGCAAAGAGAUGAUAGUUCGAGAGCUCAAUCUAAUGAUAGGGAAAGCGCAUCUAGGGCUCGAUAUGAUCGAGCCCGUCAACGCUUAUUUAAUGCAGGACUUAAUCAUAUAUCAUCGAGCUCGGAAUCUGACAGUGACAACCCUCCAGAGGUUAAUAUUUUUAGAACGAGAAACACGACAUUUCGAGCUGAUCGGCCCAGAGAUCAAAGUAGAACAGCAGCUGCUAGUGGAAGCAGAUCACCAGGUUUAGGGCCACUAGAGCCCUCGCAGAGGUUAUUAAUUGAUCUUUAUGAGCAUUUGCAGAUGAAUGAUAAUAAUGGGGAACAGGGCAAUGUCAGUGUAUCUUCUAAUAGCAAUAGGUUUCACGUACGCACUCAAAGCAGUACGGGAGAUGACAGUGCCAGUACAAGGGGUACAGAUACACCGACACAAAAUAAUUCGAGUCCAAGUCAAGCUAAUCAAAGUAGUAAUUUUGAUCCUAAUUUACCCUCGACUAGUAGAGACCCAUUUUGGGCUACUGGAAAUAUUAUGUCAUCAGAAGAAGCAUAUAGAAAAGUAAGGGGAGGUGUUAAUGCAUUGCACAGGCAUGCUCAACAGUUAACAAAUUUUUGGGUGCGUGGACAUCGUAUUAGCAUGCGAGAUCUUCGCAACAUGUGGGAGAAUCUUCGUAGACGCGUUUUGAUGAUACAUCGAGAUAACGGAAGACAAGAAGUUCAAAGUCACUAUUCUAGGUCUCUAUUAGAGAGGUGUAUGAUGUUGUCAGAUAUGUCUGACAACUCGGGCCGUAGCUCGAGUAGAACCAGAGGUAGUCAGAGAUCACAAAUGAGAAACUCUGAAGCUGGUGCUAGUAGUACAAAUACGAAUUCUGAAACUCCGGAAAACCUGAACACAACACCAGAAACUACCAGUGGCAACACACAAGCUCGAAGAUCAACUCAAACGAGAUCGGGUGGACGAUAUUCACCCAUUCUUAGAAGAAGAUUCAUGCCAAACCAUAGGUGGCGACAGGAUGACGAUCUUCGUCGUAGACAUAGGCAUUCAUCCACAAAUCGGUUAUUGUCAAGGAGUUCAAAUAGACCACGCCGGGAAUUUGAGCGAGCAAUCGAAAUAAGUGCAACUAGGCACGAAAUACGCAUGAGAGCAAUGCAAGUACUGUCUGUGAUGUUUAACAGAAUGAUGAUGUGUUUGGAAGAACAAGGAUUAAGUCAACUGAUUAUAAAUAUGUUACGAACUUUAAAAAAAGCAUUGGCCGUAACCUGCCUUAUGUUAAUGUCGUACCGAAAUAAUAAUAAUGAAAACUCAGGAAACAACCAAUCAGCCACUCCCGAGUCGACUGUAAGUAAUCGCUCGGAAAGAAACGGUAACCAAAGUACGAGUGAGGCCCCUAAGCAAACCGAAUCAGCAGCGACGGGUACCCCUGAGGACGCUAAUCGCGCAAGUUCCUCUACACCUGUUUCAAAUCCCAAUCAAAAUCAACAAGACUCCCCUGCUUUAUCAUCCACUAACAGCACACAAAGAUGGAGCAAUCGUCUGGCUGUCCUUAUAGCAGCUGCUAACAGAAAUACAUCAGCAACAGCAAGAAGUAGAAGAGAACUUUAUAUAGAGUACAAAAAGAUAAAAGCUUUGCAUCGGACAAACCCCACGGCUCAUCCUUUAAUAAAGAAAAAGAUGCCGCCUGUUUCUGCCCACAGGAUACCGGCAUUACGAUCAUUGCCACGUCGAAAUAUUGUGACAGUCAAUCCUAACAGCUCUGAUUCUCCAAUAGACGAACCGAUUGCUGGACCCUCAAAUAGCAUUCCUCGUGAGGGUCCAACAUAUGAUUCAAGGUUGCCUCCUGAAGUUAUGAAUGAGUUUGAACACCGCAUAAAUUUAUUAAGAAUUGCCCACAUGCAAGCUGUGAGACUAAGAAACAUGGCUAGAAGCAGAUAUAGACGACUCCAGACAAUUCGUUUUUAUACGCCAUCGUCCGUGAGAGAAAUGUUCACUUUACAGGAUCUUAACAAUCAGCAUGACAAUCAGUCUCCUCCACAGAACAACUCUGAACCGAUUAGCCGCCGACAGUUUUACUCGAUGGAUAAUCGCCUACCAAUAUUUCGUAGGGAGUAUGUUGUGUCCCGCGUAUCGGGAACAUUAGAGGAUCCCGGUGAACUGCUGCAAGUAAACGAUCUCAAUAAUGCUGAAGGACAGCGUAAUCAGCAACAAAGACUGCCUAGAAUACAUGAAUACCUACAACCCAUUAUUUACGCUCAGAACGUGGUUGUCGAUGAAGACGCUAAUGAAGCCGGAGGGAACGCAGGGGCACCGGGUGCGGGAGGGGACGGAGUGGCAGGCGCGGGGGGAGGACCUCGCCGUAUGGGCGGUAUGGCCGGUCUACUCGACGCCGGUAUCAUAUCCGAAAAUUACACGGUGUCUUCGCACAGAGUACAAGCCUGGGACUUCACAAAGGGCGAAACCCCAGAUAUUGCUGAUACUUCAAAAAACGUAGUGGUACAAAGGUGCAGAAUCCAUAACGACGCCAGUAUCGAUAUAUCGAAGGAUGGCAGACUGCUUGUCGCCUUAAUGCCUGUGCCACGGCUACGAAACACAAAUCAUUGGCUGGGAGUGUACUCGCUGGAGUGGUCGCGUCUGGGCCAGUGCCUGCACACAGCCAUGUUGGAGCAGAGCGCAGUGUCUGUGGCUCUCUCCCCCACCGCCCGCCACCUGGCCGUGGGACUGGGAUCACGCCGCUUCACCUCCGUGCACCACGCCCGGAGCAACGUGUUUGCGCUGCUGUAUCGUCUGGAUCCACUAGCAAACCCAAGUAGAACAGGCUUGGCACCAAUAAAAGAAUUGGAGCAAAAUUGGGAACGCGGUUUCACCAGUCUCAACUGCUUGCGUUGGGCCCCCCAGCCGGGUCAAGGACUUGUGUACGCUAACAAUACCGGACAACUCAUAAUAAUGAGCUAACUCAAUAUGUCAUGCCUAUAACGGUCUUAUUAUAAGUCAAAGGAUUCAUUAAUCAAUUGGCAUUUGUCCAAUUGACAAUUGACAUAUGUCAAUGAUCAUUUGACACUUGGCAAUUUGACAAUAAUUGACAUAUGUCAAUAUCAAACCUUUAUCUGUUCUGUGAAACAAAAAUAAUUAUGAGUUCCUUAAUUUGUGUGUUCAAUGGAAUUAUUUUCUUUUACAUGUUAACAAAACACAAUCGGUUGUAAAUUAGCAUAAAGUCUUACUUUAUAAAAUCUUGUUGUAAUUUUUUAUCUGUAGAUCUCAUUAAUCAAAAUCCAACAUAGAAUAGAACGAACGACGUGGAUUUAUGGUUGACCGUAUAAUUCACAAUCAGGUCUUGUGAUGAUAUGAAUAUGAAUCAAAUAACGCGGGAUUAUAGAGGGGGGAAGAAAAAACCUACUCUUUGAGGCUAUUUUAUUACGCUGAGCCACUCAACCGGUUCACAUAUACCACCCCAUACAGACCCAUACUGUUGCUAUCGCCAGUAGACCAAGGGAGUGCCACCAAUGAACUUGACAGAUGAACGCCUAUGAUGUAGGGACAGCUUUAUGACACAAAAAAUAAACAAAAAAAUUGCUUGUCUGUAAAGUCGAUUUAACGUCAUAAGAAAACAUUAAUGAUAAAUUGUAUAGUGUAAUGAAUUGAAUUAUUGUCAUCGAUCAAAGGAGUUAAUUAAAAUUACACUUUUUUAUUAAAUUAACAUUUAUUUCCACUCGUUAAUUUAAAUGUUUUUAACUUAAAUUAAACCACACCUUACGACAAUCGUGCCUCUCUAUCGCUUGUUCCGUGCUUUCGCUUGCACGCUCGACUCAAACGGAACGUGACAAUGAGUCAUGCUUUUUCUUGCGUGCAGCCGGCGUUCAUCGAUUUUUAAGUCGUUAUCACGUCAAAAAAAAAGAAAAUAAAAACUUUUAGGAUACCAUUGGUUUUCUUAGCUGGGGUUGCCGAAUUUCAAUCAAAAUAUUACUACUUGACUGAAUUAAAAAGCUCGUGAUUUCGCAGUUGCAUUUGCUUUUGACAGGAUGAUUUUUAAUGAUUGUUCUCGAAAAAAAAAAUGAUUCCUGUAAAAUAUUUUUGGUUUUUGUGUCACAAAUCACCCGUAUAGAUGUUACCAGAUUCAAUCCAAAACAUAGCUAAGAUAACAAUUUACAAAUAUUAGGCACUCGUAUCGCGAUUUUAGUUUUACUGUUAUUAACUAAUUAAAUAGAUAUAAUAUUUAGUUAACUGUACAAUUAAUUGUGUUUAUACAUUGUUUUUAAAUGCGUUCCUGUCAAUUUUAUAUUUUUUUUGCAGUCAUUGUAAAUUUGUUUUUAAUAUUAUCUAUAUUAACUUACUAUCUUAAACUAAAUUUAAACAUGUAAUAUAUUUUGAUAGUAAGAGUUUCUAUUAAUUUUGCAGCCUUUGUAUUUUUUUUUAAAUAUAAUAGAUACACAAUUAUUAUUGAUGUAAAUUGCCAUUUCUUUUAAAAUUCUUAAAGUAAUGUUUUAUUCAUUUUACAAUGUAUUUUUUCCUUAGAAUAUUUAGUGGUACAUAAAUAUAAUUAUUUAAAAUAUUUACGUCGAAAAAACGUUGUCGUUUUACUUACAUACCAAAUUAAUGUACAGGGUGAUUCUAAUCCAAGUAAUUCGCUUUAGACCUUUAAGUGGCAUGUUAUAGUAGUAUUAGAUUUUAAAAGUUUAGCAUAUCCCAAAAUAUUCAUAAAAUCAUUAUCACCCUAUUCUAUUUGAACACAAGUAGUAGAAUAGAAGAUGUAGAUUUGUAAACAAAGCGUGCCGCGCCGCGGGGCGAGGUCAUGCGGGCCGUACAGCUGCAAUAGGGUAAUGACCUUACUAAUUUCAAACUACCGCCGAUUCGCCCGAUAUUUACCACGCAAAAAAUUUAAUGUGCGUGAAUUUAAAAAUAAUAAUUAUUUGAUUGGUGUGUCCAUUGUUUUACUAUUAAAUUUUAACUUCAAUUUUAUAGUUAUUGUUACUUGGUUUAUUUACACUAUUUAAACCUUUUCUUAACUAACUACUCUUACAUUGUUUGACUCCGAUUAUUAGAAUACCCUUCCUUUACAUCACCCUGUACGAAUAAAAUAAUUUAUAUAUUUAGUCUCCUUGUUAAUUCUUGGUUCUGUAGCGAUGAACUUAACGCCUGGAUUAUUUUUUAAUUUUUAGCAACGUUUUAUUUAUUUACAUAAAUUCCCAAUAUUGUAUGUAUUAUUAAAUUAACUGUAAUGUUAUAUUAAGUACUCAAGUUAGUUGUAAUGAUAUUGUAAGGAUCUGAAACACUAAAUUACCAUUCAAUUUCUAAAAUAAAAUUUUCUGCUAUAUUAAUUUUGAAGACACCAAAACUAAUUAUAUUUAUAUUUAAAUACUUUUCUUAGUUCAUCUCUACUUCUUCGUAGAUAAUAAUAAUAUCAACAUGUACAUUAACAGGUUAAUAUUUUCUGUUCUUCCAAUUCGUUGUAAACUUUUACCAUGAAUAUAUUACUCUGUAUAUAU